AUGUCUGAGCAUGAUUUGGCUGGCGAGAUAUGGAAGAGCCCUCUGCCGUCGCUCCUAGACAUCAGCGUUGCGAGGCGGGCUGGCCAAAGAGGCCUAGAUGAAGAUAUAGUCGCAAAAGACAGCCAGGAUGACUCUUUCCAAUCCAUCUCAAUUUCCCCGUCGUUGAGUCAACAUGGCGUCGGAAGACCAUUUGAAGACAGGGAAAAAGCGAGGUUAUUCAUGCACUACAUUCAUGAUCUCUCUACAUGGGUAGAUGUGAGCGAUAAACGUCGACAUUUCGGAACAGAAGUGCCCAAAAGAGCAUGCCAUUCACCCUUGCUUGCAUACGCGAUCAUAGCGUUGGCAUCUCGAAGCCUCUGCUCCAUCAAAGGAACCGAUGACUCCAAACCUUCUACCUACUAUAGCCACGCCUUGCAAAUCUUGAUACCGAUCCUGGGUAGCUCUACAGAGGCCCUGAACGAAGAAGUUCUGGCGGCGAUCGUAAUAUUGAGACAAUACGAAGAAAUGACUGAUACCGACUUUGGCGUUCAUUUAUCCGGCAGUUCCAAACUUCUCAACUCCAUGUUCAGCCUCGCGAGUAAAGGUGGACUGGGAGAAGCAGCGAGUUGGAUCGUAUUGCGCCAGGACUAUUGGGUCGCCCUGGUCAAAUCCCAGCCUUUGAGCAUCAACUUGGACAGCUACAAAGGUUCUAGCUCGUUCGUUGUUUCCGAUCCCGAGUGCCUUGCCAACCUGGUGGGAUAUCAACAUUACAGUCUUGCACGCAUGAUCUUGCACAUUUUCAACCCAUAUCUAAGCAAACCGAGUCUUGAUACCUUUAGGCGGAGAAGGGAGUCAGAACAAGCAGUUCUGGAUAACUUCCGUCUCCUUCUAGGUCUCGCGAUCAGCAACCCGCUGGUAGUCAAUGCCAGUUUUACAGCUGCCCAUGCAUUGAGAGCCUGUGGCAUAUAUCUCACGGACCCCAAAGAGCAACGCGAAAGCCUAGAUUUACUCGACAAACUACAUCAACGGACUGGAUGGCGCACGAAAGACUUGGAGGAGCAACUGAACUCUCAGUGGUCACAAGAUAGUUGCAACAGUGCCUUUGGGCAUCUUUUUGCAGAGGCUCGGAAGUGA